UUUACUACAGUGAAUACCUCUGCCCUCCUCGGAUCUCUGCACAUCUUUUGUUGCCUGUAGCUUUUCCCGAUUAGAUCAUGGCAGAAAAUAACGCAAACCAAAACGGACACGAGUUGGAGGUGGUAGACGAAGCCUUUUUGGAGCAGGCGCUUUGUAUUUUAGCUGGCAGCGACUCAGAAAACUGCUCCUAUCCACAGGGCUACGUGAAGCGGCAGGCAGUGUUUGCAUGUAUGACUUGCACUUCUAAUCCCGAUAAGCCAGCUGGGGUUUGCCUGGCCUGUGUCAACAAGUGCCACGAUGACCACGACAUUGUUGAAUUGUUCACUAAGAGGAACUUUCGCUGUGAUUGUGGGAAUAGCAAGUUUGGGGAAUUUAAGUGCCAGUUGAUUCCGACCAAAGAUGCAGAGAAUGUGAAAAAUCAAUACAAUCACAACUACCAUGGCAGUUAUUGCACGUGUGACAGACCGUACCCAGACCCAGAUGGCCAGGAUAGUGACGAGAUGAUUCAGUGCGUCAUCUGUGAGGACUGGUAUCACUCUAGGCAUUUAGGUGGCACUGUGUUGGAACCCGAGGAUUUACAGGAUAUGGUCUGUGAGGGUUGCAUGAACAAAGCUCCUUUCUUAUGGACUUAUGCUGCACACUACGCCGUGCCUCCUGUGGUUGACAUCAGUUCUGAUAAUGGAGAGGAAGAGGUGGACAGAGAGGACGACAAGAAAGAAGCUCCAGAGCCAAGCCAAAGUGUAAUUGAAAAUCCUUCUCCCAGCGAGACAAACGCAACACAAAAGGUAGCAGAAAAUAAGAGUUCAUCCUGCAAACGGAAACGCGAGGAGGAGACGUCCGGUAGCUUGGUUCAGGAGCCAGUUAAUACAGUGGGCUGCAGACUGAAGUUGCUGGAGGCCCUGGCGGCUCUCUCGUCGCAGGCGGCGCAGAGACCCAGGGAGGGAGCAGUGUUCUGGCCUCAUGACUGGCGCAGGCACCUCUGCACCUGUACCAGCUGCAAGAGGGCCUAUGUGUCUGCGCAGGUACAAUUUCUCAUGGACCCGUCGGACACAAUGUUGGCCUACGAGAACAAAGGCCUGAAGGAGCCGUUCGGACAAAACCCCCUUCUAGCCCUCACCGUUUCAAUGGACCGCGCAGUACAGCUGGAGCUCAUCUAUGAGACAAGCAAGAGUCUUCACCAGCCCAAGUUACAGAUCAGCUCUGCGGAAGUGCAACCCCACUCACAGAAAGAAUGCAUGCAAAGUGUCCAGGAGAUGACUACGAGGAUCGCUGCCUUGGAGGAGCAGUGCGCCAAAGAGGGAAAGGAAGUCACAGGAGAGGCAGUCCGACAGUGCUUUGAAGAAAUAAAGGAGAGGUACAAGCGCCGCCGAACCAACAAUGAAGAAGAAUAAAGCUGCUACAUCAUAUGCUGGGCUCAUAUGGUGCUCCCUGAAUGUUCAAUAAAAGUUUGUUGAAACAUUUGAAUGUAAAAUGCAAGAACUGUAGCAUCGUCAAGUACAGCUUUUCAUUAUAAAAGCUGUAACAUAAUGCCUUAACCGUCAGGCUUCCCUUUAGAUGUUUUUGUCCAUUUAGCCAUUUUUUGCAACUUCAUCUGUUCACCAUUUCAAUUCGGUUCGUUUAAGACACCAAAGUUUGUGCAAAGUUGUAAGUUCUUAAUUCCAAAAAAAAAUUAUAUUGCAUUUUUUUUGUCACACUUAAGACCCUAAAGACAUGUUGUGUUUUUGUUUUUUUUUAAUUAGAGCAGGAAUGUAUUUAGAAUUAGUCAAAAAACUUGCGAAAAAAUAUUAACAUCAUGAUUUUACAACUGUUGUGUGAUGGCAUUUGUCCUUGGGGUCCUGAAUGCAACUAAAGGAAACCCUGAGGUUUAAUUCACCCUGUAGGCAAUUUUGAUUUUCUGUGCAAUGUACAAUACUGUGAACUGUGAACUGAGAAACCAUUAAAACCAUUUUUAAAAAGUG